AUGACCACUCAUACAAUGAACAAAAAGUCCUGGGAGUCACUCUCUUCGACAUUCUCCAAUCUCGAAAUCUCCGUGUCUCAGGACAGUUGUUAUGCCUCCGAUGAAUUCUCUGGCAGUUCAUCCAACCCAGUCCCUGCUAGUCUGCCAGUGACUUCGGAGGCUGGCUUGCGCCCACUUUUGAAGCCUAUUCUGAAGAGGCCAUAUGCUGCUAUUGAAGAAGAUGAGGAAUCGGAAUCUGGUUAUGGAACCGAUGAUUCUGAAUAUGAUUAUGCCGGUGUAUCCGACGCAAUGGAUGAAGACGAUGAUGAAAUGUACGAAGUCUCGAUAUGGGAUGAGGCUUCUGAUGUUUCGGACGCCAUGUCAGAAACUUGUAGUGACGAUGACGAAUCUGUCGAUGGGUCAUUCAUUUCAUUCGAGUCUGAGUCUAUGGUUCGUUUUGCUCCUGAUGUUCUCUAUAUUGACGCGCCUGAACCUCAAGAGGAGGAGGAGGAGGAGGUCGAAACGCCACGUUCUGAGAUGACUUGCCAUGAAUUAAUGGAGAUGGCGAGGGCAUCUGGCACCCUUCAAUUUCAAACUGGGAUGGAUCCCAGCAACGAACAGGCCGAACAUGAUGAAAUGAGCGAUUCGAUCAAAGAAUGGCCCGAGGAGCAUCCCAGUGAUAUCCUGGACUUGGACAAAAGGCUUUUUGUCGCCUAUAUCAAUGGCAUUAACGGGAUCUCUGAUGCUCGGUACAAAGCUCGUCUUCGCGAGCGACUUGACGAUCUGAAAAAGGGUAACGCGCAAUCUCCAUAUAUGGAGUCUGAUAGCGCCCAAGGGAUGUAUUUUGACAAUGUCUUGAAUCAUGUCCUCGGCACAUUCCGCAAUAUCAUCGUCCAAGAGGAGCUGGAUGAAUUGGCCACGCUCAGCCACAAGAAGAGAGCGCAACAGCAAGCAGAGGAGGCCACAGAAGGCCCCGAUAAGAGACUACUGGAGAAGAUCGAGCAUCUGCUCUCGGAGAGACUAGCAGGAGACCAGGUGCAAAUUGGCCAGGAUGAGCUGAGCUUCUUCGCUGGCGGGGUCGCUUAUGCUCUCAGGAACUGGGCCAGCUAUACAUCCAUUUGCGGGCUGUUACGCAGUUACGAAUAA